CGGCCCUGAACACCUGAUCGAUCGACGACGCAAGCCAGCAACGCUCAAUCGCAACGUACGCUCGAUCGCACUCUCGCACGCUAGCUAGCUAGCUAGUUUUUGGCCGCGCCCGCGCGCACUCAGGUUUUUGGCUGGCCGGACGGCGCACGGGCGGAUGAUGAGGUGCGUGAGCGUGUUCCUGGCGUGCCUUGUGGCGGCGUCGGUGUCGUCCACCGCGUCCGCGUUCGUGUUCAAGGCGGGCGGCACGGGCGAGUGGCGCGUGCCUGCCGCGGCGGCCGCUAGCGGCAACGCAAGCGCGUACAACGCGUGGGCGCAACGCAACCGCUUCCGCGUGGGUGACGCCAUCGCUUUCACGUACCCGCCCGGCAACGACUCGGUGCUCCUCGUCGACAAGAGGUCCUACGACGCCUGCGACACGAACGCGCCGAUCGACACCUUCGCCGACGGCAGCACCGUGUUCACCUUCACCCGCUCCGGCCCCUUCUAUUUCAUCAGCGGCAACAAGGACAACUGCAACCGCGGCGAGAAGCUGAUCGUCGUCGUCAUGGCGGAGCGCGCCGCCAUCGGCAACGGCACCGAGCCUGGCACGGGGCUGGCGCCAUCCCCCAAUGGCCCAUUCUCGUCCUUCUCUCCGCCGCCACCCAUUGGCAUCGACAUCUCGCCGACGGCGGCGUACCCACCAAAUGCCGCGGCGCCCAAGAUGGCAGGAGUUGCCGGCGCGGCCGCGUUCGCCAUUGGAGCCUUGUUCUGCGCGCUUGUUUGAGACGUGUGUUUUGUUUCUUUUAAAUUUAAAUGUUCGCAUGCGCGCGAAGUGGAGGGAGAUGAUCACACGGCUGCUUUUACUAGCUUGCUCAAAUUAUACAUGUAUAUCCGAUUGAGUUGAUGAGUGAGUUUGUUUUUAAUGUAUAUUUAAUGUAUAAUGUAUCAAAUGUUGAUGUAAUGUAUGUAUUGUUGAUUAAUUCAGAGCUGAUGGAAAUGUGAUUAUUGACAA